AUGAACCGCCACCGCCGUGGCAUCUUCGACGGCCUUCCGAUUCCGGCCGACAAAUCUUACCUUAAGGAAGGGCUGUCGCGGAUCGACGAGGGAUGGGCCGCGGCGCGGUUCGACUCGCUGCCGCACGUCGUGCACAUCCUCACCUCGAAGGACCGCGAUGGCGAGAUCCAGUUCCUCAAGGAGCAGAGCGACCUCAUCGAGGACGUCGUUGACGAGGUCGUCCACGCGUACCACCAUGGUUUCAACAAGGCCAUCCAGAACUACUCCCAGAUCCUGCGGCUGUUCAGCGAAUCCGCCGAGAGCAUCACCGGCCUCAAGGGGGAGAUGGCAGAGGCCAAAAAGCUGCUUGGGAGGAAGAAUCAGCACCUUGGGCAGCUAUGGUACAGGUCCCUCACGCUGCGCCACGUGAUCUCCCUGCUGGAUCAGGUUGAGGAUGUUGCCAAGGUUCCUGCUCGGAUUGAGAACUUGAUGGCAGAGAAGCAGCUAUACGCCGCAGUGCAGUUGCAUGUUCAGUCAAUGCUGAUGCUAGAGCGGGAAGGCCUUCAAGCGGUAGGUGCUCUUCAAGAUGUUCGAUCUGAUCUAACAAAGCUGCGUGGUGCACUGUUCUACAAAAUUUUGGAGGAGCUGCAUUGCCACCUAUACAACAAUGGUGAAUAUAGCUUGGUGACUUUAAGCAUGGUUGACAGUGAGGACAUACCAACUUCUGGAGCCACUGGUCGCUUAGUAAACAGCAUGCAGCCUCUGUCCAGGAGAACAAUGUCUAUUAAAGGUGAAAAUCACUUUAGUGGACCAGCUACUGCAGAUGGGAUAACAAAAACUAGUUCUGUUGGAUGUUCUUCAUUUGAUGGCCCAGACGAUGAUAGUAGCUUAGGUGGUGGGUGUGGUCGGAAGGAUUCCAAAAGUUUCUCUUGUGAAAUUCCGAUUUUCCUUUCUUGCGCUACACCAGACGAGUUCCUUGAAUCAAUGAGGAAGGCAGAUGCUCCCCUCAAUGUGAAAUACUUAAGAACAUUGGUGCAAUGCUUAUCCAUGCUUCGAAAGGUUGCAGCUGCUGGAGCUGUGAUAUGCCAAAGAGUUCGCCCGACAAUUCAUGAUGUUAUCACUUCAAAGAUUAAAUCAUAUGCUAGAGAGGCUUCAAAGUCCAACGUAGAUAAAGUUGCAAAAAGAACGGCAUCGGAUGUGUCACAUUCACAUGGAGCUGUCACCUGUUACCAACUACCUAAACAGAAAAAGAAGAAUGAGGCAUCGACAUUGGCAACACAACUUGUUGCUAGUCCCAUCUCUCCAGUUAUGGCACCCACAGGAGAUGCUCAGCAUGCAGCUAGUCAGCUUCUUGGUUCAAUAUUUGAGUGUCUAGUAGGCAUACUUGAGAACCAUAUUACUGUUGGAGAGCUCCUUGAACAAAAAUCAUCAACUGACGUUGACAGUGUAAACACACCUCAUGUGGCAAAUGGGGACACAAGCUGGAAUCCAGAUUCUGAAUACUCCCAACCUACUGGUGGUUUUAGUGUUGCAUUCUCUCUGUCAGUUGUUCAGAGCGAGUGCCAGCAACUUCUGUGUGAAAUUUUGCGGGCAACUCCAGAAGCUGCUACUGCAGAUGCAGCUGUUCAGACAGCUAGGCUUGCAAAUAAGGACCCAGUGAAGGAAAAGAGGGAUGGAUCAGAAGGCCUUUCUUUUGCUUUUCGCGUUACAGAUGCAGCAAUCUCUGCGCAAAAUGAAGGUCAAGGAUGGAGAAGAAACCCAGCUGUACCCCAAGAAGGGUAUGGAACAGCAAGCAUCAUACCUGAUCAAGGGAUUUUCCUAGCUGCAUCAGUUUACCGUCCUGUCUUUGAGUUUAUGAAUAAAAUAGGAUUGAUGCUUCCUCGAAAGUACUCACAACUUGGGAAUGAUGGCUUAUUGGCUUUUGUGAACAACUUCUUGAAGGAGCACUUCUUGCCAGCAAUAUUUGUAGACUAUAGAAAAUGUGUUCAGCAGGCUAUAUCUAGUCCAGCAGCAUUUAGACCACGUGUAAAUGCAACCUCAGUAUAUAGCUCACUAGUGGAGAAUGGCCGCCCUGUACUACAAGGGCUUCUGGCUGUUGAUAUAAUUGCCAAAGAGGUUCUUGGUUGGGUUCAAUUGAUGCCGGUCUAUGCUGCUGAGCUUGUCGAGUAUGUUCGCACCUUUCUGGAACGUACACAUGAAAGAUGCCGGGCAUCAUAUAUGGAGGCUGUUCUUGAGAAACAAAGUUAUAUUCUCCUCUCACGGAGUGAUGUUGAAAGUUUAAUGCGUCUGGACCCUGCAAAUGCUUCUUUGCAAAAGUCUUUUGGUCAACUUGAUAACGACAUUCCAGAUGCAGGAAUUGAAGUGGAGAUUGAACUAAGUGAUCUCCUAUUGGAUAUGUGCCCGAUAAAACAGGAAAACUUGAUCCAUGAUGACCAGAAAUUGAUAUUGCUGGCAUCUCUUAGCGACUCCUUGGAAUAUUUAGCAGAUUCAGUUGAAAGGCUUGGUGAGUCAUUUAUAAGUCCAUCCACCAUCUCAGAAAACAAAAGUGACAUACACCAAAGUCACCAUACUCGCACAUCUAGUGCAAUUCCGAAAAGCCUUGCAUCUCUUGCUAAUGAGUACAGAAGGCUAGCAACCGAUUGUGUUAGAGUCUUGAGAUUGGAAAUGCAGUUGGAGACAAUAUAUCACAUGCAGGACAUGACAAAAAGAGAAUAUGUAGAAGAUCAAGACGCUGAAGAUCCUGAUGACUUCAUCAUCUCUCUUACAACUCAGGAGAAGACCAGAUCUUCUGGAGUACCCAAGUUCUCAGUAACCCACUGUUGUCAGAUUGCACGUAGGGAUGAAGAAAUGGCUCCUUACAUCCCAGAAUCGAAAAGGAACUAUGUAUUUGGUGGGAUUUCUAGUGUUGCUGCUAAUGCAUCAAUAAAGGCACUCGCACUAAUGAAGUCCAUCAACCUGUUGGGAGUUCAACAAAUAUGCAGAAACUCGAUAGCACUAGAACAGGCACUUGCAGCCAUACCUUCCAUUGAUAGUGAGGCAGUCCAACAGAGAUUAGAUCGUGUUCGGACAUUCUAUGAGCUACUAAACCUGCCUUUCGAGUCUUUGCUUGGGUUCGUUGCUGAACAGGAAUAUAUUUUUUCUGCAAAAGAAUACUUGAGCAUACUAAAGGUCAAUGUACCUGGUAGAGAGAUACCAAUGGAUGCUGAACGCCGUAUCUCACAGAUUUUGAGUCAUUAA